UGGAAAUUUCCCGAGAAAAGAUCUGGGCAAUUCUUUAUUUAUAUGUGGAGACAGAAGCUAAAAGGCACUGAUAACGAUAAGAGAUCUUAGUUAAACUUAUGUACAGUACAAUGUAGUACCUGAGUAUCUAGGUACUUACAGAUACAUACCAAGCCAUUUUCCUAGCAAACUAACUGCUGGAAAGAUUAAUGGGAUUUGAAAAGGGAUUGCGGGUUUGUAGAACGGAUUGGGCAGUCAAUUAAUUGAUAUUGAGAUGCUCUUUUAAAUUGAAUUGAAUCUAUUAGGGUCGGAGUGUUCUGUUUGAGGUACCUGUGCUGCAUGGUCGGAGUAAGAGAUUGCGGGGCCGAAGUACAGGGUGCCUUGUACUGGAAAAAAAAAAGUUGACCAGCUCCAUCCAAAGGAAAAAAAAAGAUUCAUCAACAUGCAGCUUCAAAGCCAAUAAUGCUUCGCGGGUCCCGCAUGCGAAUAACAAGACGAUAACGAUUGAAGCGCGGCGAAAAAGGCAGUCGCAGUUUAUUUUACAAGGCACCUCGUCGCAAUGCCUCAUUCCGAACAUGAAGGGCCUUUGGUCAAGCGACAGAAGACUGAUUCUGUCGCGAGACCUAAAUCUUCCACGUCUCAACAGUCCAGAAUAUUUGCUCCAUAUCGAACAAUAGGUCUUGUCUCCCCUACCAACGUACCUUUUACCUCCGUCCCUCUAGGAAACACCACGUUCCAAGUCACGACAUCUAUAGGCCGUUCCCUCCAAACCUACGAUCUCAAGCGCGGUCUCAACCUCGUAUUUAUAACUCGACCUCAAACCCCAAGCGCGAUUACUGCGACAUGUGCCUGGAAGCAGAAAGUAUUUGCUGCGUGGGGCGAUCCCCGUGAUGGCUCUUCUCAAGGUGUCUGGAUUUUUCAGAGGGGCAAGAAGGUCGGCGAACUACAGCUUCCACCUGAUCUACACCAGCCGAUAAAACAGAUCCUCGUCUUCGGUUCCUGGAUCGUCGCAUGCGGGUUAACGAGAAUAGAAGUAUGGGCUUCGGCGACACUGGAACACUACACCACGCUUUUCACGAUGGCUUCUAAGAAGGGCGAUAAUGAACUUACCGGUGGAAUAUGUACCAUGCCGACAUACUUGAACAAAAUAUUUGCCGGCCGUCAAAAUGGAUGGGUCGAAAUAUGGAACAUAUCUACGGGAAAACUGAUCUACACCAUUUUACCACCAUCUCCAAAUUGCGGCGCUGUUACUUGCAUGCAGCCAAGUCCAGCGCUUUCUUUAAUGGCUAUUUCGUAUGCGGGAGGUCCAUUGGUUAUUCAAAAUGUACUUGCAGACAAGAAAAUUCUCGAAGUAAAUGCAGGUACCGAAGACGCGCCCGUCACGAGUAUUUCGUUCCGAACGGAUGGUCUAGGUGCUGGUCAGGAUGGACGUAAAGAGGGAGUUAUGGCGACGGCGACGAACUCGAGUGGUGAUAUUACAUUCUGGGACCUUAAUAAAGGCGGCAGGAUUAUGGGUGUUCUUAGGAGCGCUCAUAACCCCCCGACACAAGAGGGUGACUUAGCUCGCGGGGGGGUUAGUAAGGCCGAAUUUCUCGCCGGUCAGCCAGUCAUUGUCACAAGUGGCAGAGAUAAUUCCUUGAAGACCUGGAUAUUCGACGAGACACCCUUUUCGCCGAUACCACGAAUUCUACACACGAGGAGUGGUCAUGCAGGACCAGUUACGUGCUUACAAUUCCUACCGUCCGAUUUUGAAGGUGCUGAAGCAGGUAAUAAGUGGCUUCUUAGUGGUGGCAAAGACAGAAGUCUCUGGGGUUGGAGUCUUCGCCGCGAUGGCCAGAGUACGGAAUUGAGCCAAGGUAACAUCCGCAAGAAAGCUAAGAAGUACGGAAUUCUUGACAGCAACACUCCAAGCCGUGGCCCUACUACUACACUUGACGAUUUAAAAGCGCCCGAAAUUACCUGCAUCGCAUGCUCAUUGAACAGGGACGGUGGAAUGGGCGCUUUACCUGGCAAACAGGUAUUAUGGCAAAAAUCCCAAAAUCAAAAGAAGCCUGUAGACGCCGAAGUCAGCAGUAUGACAGGUUGGGAAAGUGUUGUUACAGCGCAUAAGGACGACUCGUACGUUCGAACAUGGUUCUGGGGUCGGAAAAGAGCUGGAAGGUGGGCAUUCCAAACUGGUGAUGGAACGAAUGUAUCAACCGUGACCAUGAGCCCGUGUGGAACGUUCGCUGUGAUCGGAUCGGAUGGCGGAUCUAUUGAUAUGUUCAACCUCCAGUCAGGAUUGCAUCGCCAACGAUUUCCAUCAAAACUUACACCGGCGCAAGCAAGGCAACUCAAAUUGCAGCAAUUAAGGCAGGCAGAUACCGUGGUGCAAUUACAGGCUCGCUCAUCUACAGGUUUCGCUCGAGGCACCGGCAAGCAUACACAAGCGGUCACGGGAAUUGUUGUCGACUCCAUGAACAAAAACGUGAUUAGUUGCUCUCUAGACGGAAAAGUGAAAUUCUGGGAAUUUCUUACGGGUAAUUUACUAGAAGAAAUCAACUGGGCUCCAAUGACAGGGAUUACCGCCUGUCGUUACCACCCCGCCAAUGACCUAAUAGCCUUUUCUUGCGACGACGGUUCUAUCCGAGUCGUAGACAUUGAGACGAAGCAAACCAUUCGUGAAUUUUGGGGAUGCCAGGGCAAAAUCAACGAUUUCAUAUUUUCUAACGACGGUCGUUGGAUAGUGGCUGCCUCUCAGGAUGCCAUAAUACGAGUAUGGGAUUUACCGACGGGUCACCUAAUUGAUGCGAUACGGUUAGAGAAGCCCUGUACUGCCUUGGCCUUCUCGGCAACGGGUGAGUAUCUGGCUGCAGCUCCCGAAGGAGAGUUAGGUGUCAACAUUUGGAAUAAUAAGACACUAUUUACUCACGUGCCCACUCGACAAUUAUCUGAAGAUUCAAUUAGGGAGAUAUCAGGACCCACGGCAUCAGGAGAGGGUGGUCAAGGCUUGCUUGAGGCCGCUUUCGACGAUACGGCAUCUCGGGAAGAGGAAGAAGUCGCCCCAUCUAACUUGGAUCAAUUAAGUACGGAUAUGAUGACAUUGAGCUUGGUUCCACGGAGCAGAUGGCAAACCCUUCUCCACUUGGACUUGAUUAAGCAAAGAAACAAACCGAAAGAAGCGCCUAAGGCCCCUGAGAAAGCACCUUUCUUCUUACCAUCGACAACAAACGCAGGAGCCUCGAGUUUAGAGAUAGCCCAACCGAAGACGGAUCAAGAUCAGAACCAAUCAAGAAUCACUCGAUUUGAUCGGAACAGGGCGGAACAAGCUUUCACCAGUAAAUUGCAAACUGGCGCUGCUACUGGAAACUUUGAUGAAUUCAUCGAGCACCUCAAAUCUCUACCUCCAGCUACAGCGGAUUUAGAGUUACGUUCUCUGACUACCAACGAUGAUGACGAGAGGAACGAGCUACUUCAAUUCAUUCGUGCUAUGACUAGCCGCCUUGUAUCACGCCGUGACUAUGAGCUUACUCAAGCUUGGAUGGCAGUCUUCCUUCGGUUACAUUUCGAUCUGAUCUUGGAGAAUGAUACCCUUAUGAGCGCGCUAGCAGAAUGGAAGAAGCACCAAGCGGAAGAGUGUAAUAGGUUAGAUAACCUCGUUAGCUAUUGUGGCGGAGUAGUUAGUUUCCUGAGAAGCCCACGGACAUAGUCCGAACUACAUCAGAUACUUAAGUGCAACUUUAAUUCAACACAUUCAACAGCAAGCAAA